AGAUGGGCUCAAAGGGAGGUGUCAGGAGACAUAUCAAUAAUCAACCUGACUGUAGAAGGCAGUGGGAGCUGCUGGUUGAAACUCAAAAAGACAUCGGCGCACCUCAGGCUCGUUUUGACUCGUAUUCCUCGUAUUCCCCCCAUCACUGCUCACGCUCUGAGUCUUCCAAUCCCGAUCAUCCAGACAACCCAGCAGUGCCAAAACAUCAGAGGGUGACCAUUGAGGAGGUUGAAGACGAGGACCACGCGCGAUAUUUUGAACAAUGUGUUGGCGCCAGCCAAACACUGCGUGAAGGAAAAACCGGCUUUGAGAGGUUUCAGGAGUAUAAGGAGUGUAUGGGCGAAGACAAAUGGGCUCCCUUCGAUGAUGGGUACGUCGCAAGGGAGGAAUGGGGACUCGCCGAAUGGCUUGUUAAAAACCUCGGCCAGACUCGAACAGAUGAGUUUCUGAAAUUACCGAUAACACAAAACCGAAUGAAACCUUCUUUUCACAAUAACAGAUCUUUCCUCCAGAAAGUCGACGAGCUUCCACACGCGACAGCCUGGAGUUGCAAAAAGGUUAAGGUCCAGGGAAAUAAAACAGAUGAGAAGGGCCAGACGCUGCAUGAAGAAGUCGAAGUCUGGAUGCGAGAUCCUGUCGAGUGCGUCAAAGACCUCAUUGGAAAUCCAUUGUUCCGCGAUCACAUGGUGUACGCACCUGCGCGAGCAUACAGAGACCCAGCAGGACUUCACCGAGUAAUUGAUGACAUGUGGACAGCUGACUGGUGGUGCGACAAGCAAAAACUGUUGCCGAAAGGUGCAACAAUCGCACCCAUAACUCUUGCUUCUGACAAAACUUGUCUGUCGCAAUUUCGAGGCGAUAAAUCGGUGUGGCCCGUGUACCUAACCAUUGGAAACAUUGCGAAAGAGAAGAGGCGGCAAACAUCAGCGCGAGCAACGGUCCUUAUAGGAUACUUACCUGCUGGAAAACUUGAUUGCUUUACUUCUGACGUGUGCUCCCUUGCUGGUUACAGGCUUUUCCACCACUGCAUGUCCUUGCUCCUCGAACCCCUCAUUGCUGCCGGUCGAAAUGGUGUUGAGAUGGUCUGCGCGGACUCGUUAAUCUCCGAUUUCCCAGAACAAUGUCUUGUUGCAUGCUGUAAAGAAAAUCGGUGUCCGAAGUGUUUGGUCACUGCCGAUGAACGAGGGGAUCCGUUAACUUCGCAGAUGCAGGACCCUGAGGUGACAAAAGAUAUAUUAGAGAAGCGGAAGAAUGGUCAGCAUCCAAUUCAAUUCAACGACAACGGGCUACACGCCGUCUUCAACCCAUUCUGGGCAAAUCUCCCUCACGCCAACAUCUUUCUUGCCUUCACGCCUGACCUCCUCCACCAGGUCCAUAAAGGUGUCUUCAAAGACCACCUAGUUAAAUGGUGUCUUGAGAUUGUCAGUGAAGAUGAAAUGGACUCACACUUCAAAGCAAUGCCAGAUUACCCUGGACUUCGGCACUUCAAGAAGGGUAUCUCGACUGUGAAACAGUGGAUGGGUACAGAGCAUAAAGAAAUGCAGCGUGUCUUUGUUGGUCUGCUCGCUGUCUUAGUGGUUGCACGAGCCAUUCUAGACUUUUCAUAUUACGCACAGCUUCGAAUGCACACUGCUGAAUCCCUCGAUGGUCUGGAGAGUGCGCUUGCGGUGUUUCACGCCAACAAAGACAUCCUGCAAGAGCUUGAAGUUCGCGAACACUUCAACAUUCCUAAAUUACAUCGAAUCUCACACUUUGUUAAGUCCAUCACUCUAUUUGGUUCCACCGACGGUUUCAACACUGAGCUUCCAGAACGACUACACAUUGAUUUCGCAAAAGAAGACGCCUAUCGUGCCAGCAACAAACGCGACCACGAGGAGCAAAUAGCCUUAUGGCUUCAACGGCAGGAAGCCGUAUUCCUACGUAGUUCUUACUUUGAUUGGUUGUUGGAACGAUCUCAGUCAGCCACAGCGUCCAGUCACACAGAUCCCAACCGCAGAAAUGACUUGGAUUCAGACUCGGAUGCCGAGAUUGAAGAGUUUGCUGCCCCCACAAAUGCCAUUCCGUCAUCCCCCACUGUGUCAUCCCCCACUGAUGUGGUCCGUAUUCUCGCCAAGCAUCCUCCACACCCUCGGCAGUCUGUUGAUCGCCUCAUCACUGCACAUGGCGCCACCAUGUUUCUCCCCGCCCUCAAAUCUUUCAUGCACAAGCACAUGCCACACAAUAACAUCAUCCCUGUCAUCAUAGUUACCCCGCCUGAUCCACACACCAGUGACUCACCAAAGCGGUGGCGCAUUAGAGCGACACCUGAAGUGCAGCCUGGUCCUGCCAGCCAAAAACCUUGGUCCCCCGCUAGAUUCGAUAUGGUGCUGAUAAGUGAUGGUGCUCAGACGACGAAUUUGCGGACACUCGAAGGUGUGCGAGUUGCACAAGUUCAUAUCAUCUUUAUCCUCCCUCGUCAGUUUCUAGUUGGAACGAACUCCCGAGCGCUAGCUUACGUCGAGUGGUUCAUGCCGCUUCAGGAGCCAGAUCCCUCCUCUGGCCUGCAUCAAGUGUCGCAUUCGACUCGUCAGCUGCAUCGGAAUGCAGCCGUGAUCCAUCUUGACGAAAUGGUUCGUCCGUGUCACCUCAUUCCAAAAAUGGGACCAUCUGUUGACCCUGGGUGGACGAGCGCAAACGUCUAUGAGACGGCACAUGAUUUUUAUUUUAAUACUUUUAUUGACCUUGAAACAUUUUGUAUUUCCACUCGUAGUGACUAGAACUAGCUACUGCUGCUACUGUGCUACAAUGACUACAGAUUGCUACUACCGUCACCUGAAGCUCUACAUAGUCCUGGUUUCGGCUACACCAGUUAUGUAGUACUAUAUAGUAGCCUGGAUGUCUACAUAGUACUACACCACCUAUGUAGCGCUAUAUAGCUGCCACUAUGACUAUGAGGAUUUGGUGUUUUUCCUGAUGUCUGC